UAUAAAGCAAACAAACGUUUCAUACCAAUAUAAUUGUAAAUUUUCGAACAUUUACAACCACUUUGUUAAUACUUCAAGGCAUUAAUGCACAGAGAUACAAUGUCAAGGAAUCCGAACAGAAGAAAACGGUUUUGGUGUGCGCUUUGGAUAACUUGUGUUCUCCUACAGCAAUGUAGAGAAGUGUUGUUAAUGAACGUGCUACAGAUGCAGAAUGAGCGAACUCAGUUGCCGAGAAACCAAGACCAUGGCAACACUACGUAUGAUCACUCCCAGCUGAGGCAGUCUAGUAAACAACAGAAACAAAAUGUCUUGCGCAAAACAGAACCUGCAAAGUAUGACGAAGAAAUUAAAGGUUUUCCUUUCCGGCCCGGGCACUUGGGUAAGUCUGGUGAACCACAAGAAGAUUCCACAAACAAAGUAUCAAGACGUUCAAUAGUUCAGAGGGAUGAGGAAGUACAUAAGGUCGUUUCCGCUGUGAAACACGUAGCCAAAAAGCUUAAAUUCAAGCAAGAAAAUGCAGAGACCUUAAAAGCCAGUGUCUGUCACAAAUCCAAGUUAAAACAUUUGGAACAUUUUUGGAAAAGACAGCCAGUGGUCUAUAACUUAUAUUUGCUAUCAAGUGCGGUCGUUGCUAGCAUAGGAUCGUGCCAUAAAGUUAUGAUAAGUCAUGUAGAAGAAUUAGUUGAUAAUUUGGGAAGCGAGGACGCCAUUGAACUUCUAGAAGAAUCCGUUCCUAUCAUUGAGUCUAUCAGAAAGAUUACAGACGACGAUACUCUCGGACAAGAAGACGACAAUCGGCUUCUUGAACCAGAAAGUCCAGAAAAGCAUCAUUUUAAACAUAUGAGACAUAUCUUAGUCGACAGCAUUGACAAAGUGCACAUAUUCUCUGCCCUACUGAAUAAAGAGAAUAAAAACGAGACCCGAACAGUCGCAUCCGACCUGGAAGAAAAGAUUGAGGAAACAAUGCUAGAGUAUGACAUUAUGUCUCAGAUUUUAAAUAUCCAGCCAAACAAGAAAAUACAGAAACGUAGCGCUGACACCAUUAAUAACAAACACGAAGUAUUUCGGACAUCGACAGAAGCUGCUUUCAAGUCAUUCACAUCUUCAAGCAAAAAAAGAUUGAAUAAACUUCAUUCAAAAGCACUUACAGUUAUUGCGGGACGUUACAAACACGAUACAGAUGACCAUCAUUCUACCAAAGUUAGGGAUAGCUCCGGUUAUUCAACCUUAGAAGGAAAGGGGAUCCGAAAUCACAGAUCUGUUGAAGAUUAUGAAUCGUUAGUAAUGAUAAGAAAUGAAAAUUUUCCUUGCAAACUUUUGUCGUUUUGUGGAAAUAAGCUGUGUUUCAAACCAUAUGAUGAACAAUUUUUAAUUGAUCAAUUAUGGGUUUGGGAAAACGGAUACCUGCAACACCGUGGUACAUAUAAGUAUGUGACCAGACAUACAGAAACAGAUACAAUAUCUUUACAGUAUGAAUUACCUUCGGAGAAAUUUACGUUUAGUGGCCGCAGUUUUUUUCUUACGGACAACAGCAGCUGCACUAUUUUUGUUGAUGACGAGGAUAGUGAUGCACAGUUAAAGAUUUCGUGUCAGAAAACGCCACAGGUAUGGUCAUUCACAACGUUUCAAGAAGCAAAAAACUCAAUAGCAUCAAUAGCUUGCCUUUUUCUGAUACAAGACAUUGAAACCUGCUCUGUUGUUACACCGCAAAAUUCUAGUGGAAUGCAGCUCCUCGUUACCAAACCGAUUGACGAAAGCGAUAUGAUUAACCAGGUAUGGCAAUGGGACCAACAAUACAUCAGACAUUACAGCUCAAAAUUAUAUCUGACUUCCGGUCCAAAAGGCAUAACACCACGUGCUCUUACUCUAGAGAAAGAUACAAUUGAAAAAUGGGUUUUUGACGACCACGAAUUGCAAAUGUUUAGUUCAACUGAAGGAGCCGUUUUGGAUACCACAAACGGAAAAGUAUCACUUGAUACCAGCAGUAAAAGUCGUGUUAAUCUGACAACUGCUAAUGAAAGUGAUUUAUUGAACUGUGAGUCCCGUGGUCACUAUUUUGCCAUUAAACAUGCAGAGGAGCCGUGUAAAGUAUUGUGUGUGAAAUCAGAGUCAGUGGGUCCAGAUAAUCUGUUUCGUGUUGUUGCUGUUAGUAUCAGCUUUGUGACAGGGAUGCUGCUUGGUCUAAUGAGCCUUGCAUGUACAGAACAUAACAAAGCUUUUAAGAUAGCAUUCGCUGUCGGGGUAUUAUCUGCGGCUGUAUGUGCUGCAGUGAUUGAAUCUUCUAAAUUGUUUCUGAAGGAAUAUCAGACUGUUGAGUUUCGAGAGUUUUAUACAGCAAAGCCUUUAACAUGUUUGUGGCACGAUUAUACAGGGAAACUUAGGAGUGCAGACAACAAUAGAGUUUUUAAUUUGGAAUCUUCAAGUGAUGGUGUCGGCUUCGUGGUUCGACUGAACGCCGAAACAGAUCAAGCGUGGUUAUUUAAGAAUGGAACUAUAUUCGGCAAUUUUUCUACCUCCUGUGAAAUUAACUUGAAAGACAACAAAGAACUGGAUGUACAACAGAGCGAUACAUUAUUGUUUAGUUGCAAAGAAACUGCCUCCAAAAAUGCAUCUUGGACCAAAGUUUAUCACGACGGCACUAUGAAUUUCAGAAGGCAAGUUGUUUGCAUGUACUUUUUACAACAGACAAAUGAACAAAAAUGUGCGUUUCUGACCGCCGACAAGAAUUUAUCAGAACCAAUACCCCAAGUUUAUUCUAAUGAACAGCUUCUUGAUCAAGUAUGGUACUCAAGUGGCAAUUCGUUAGAAAAUGUGGGGACAGGUGAAAGUUUUAAUGAAAACAUCAGCAACUUUCAGAAGAUCCCAUACGACGAAGCCGAUAAAAUAAUUAGCGUGCUAACCAAAUGCCACCAUAGCAGGUUUUUUAUUCAGUCUGAAAAUUUCCCAUGCAAAUUGCUUACCGUGUCAACUGAUGCAGGAAGUUACAAACUAGCCUUACGCGAGUACAGUAUUGAAAUGUAUUUCAACCAACUCUGGACAAGUAAUAAUGGACAUUUUUAUAACAUAGGAACUGGAAAAAGACUUGCUACUCACAGAAGAAACUUGUCCUCGUUCGAAUUUAUCUUAUCAAAUUCCGAUUUUAUUCAAUAUGACGACUGGAGUUUUGAAAACAAGACCAUAAAAUCCACAAAUUCAGGAUGCUCUCUUUUUGCGACAGAGGUAGAUGGUGAUAUUGAAGUUCAGUGCAAAAACAGAACUAAGUCACGAUGGGAUAUUGUCCCCUUCGACGAAAACUUUGCAUUUCUAAAAAGCGUGCUGUGUACAUUUUUUAUACAAAAUCAGAAUCCUCCAUGCACAUUUCUUACGGCAAACAAAACAAACGAACUAGUGUUUUUGGAGUAUAUGGCUACAGACGUAAUUGACGACCAACUCUGGUUCAUGUCAGACGGUCGCUUGGUAAAUCUUCAAAGUGGUAUGCCACUUACUAUCAAAGCCCAGGGGAAUGAAAUAACCAUAAGCAAUGAUGAAUCUGGAACAGAACUAAAGUGGACUUAUCUAAAUGAAAUGCUCCUCGAACAAAAUUCGAAAGAAUAUUUAACUGGCUUCGCUUCAGUUCGACUUGCUACGGAAAAUGAAGUCCUGGUUAAUAAAAGUAAAUUCUGGAAUAUCAUAAAUUCAAACACGAUUGCAAAUCAUUUGAACACGUUCACGUGCCAUUCCUCGAACACAAAGUUUUUCUUCUUAAAAAAUCAAAUUCGUCCAUGCGAGUUGCUUACAGCAACAAGUGACAAGCACUUGUCUUUUGAAAUAUUUGAUGAAGAAUUGAUUGAGAAACAAUUGUGGUACAUUGAAAAUGGUCGAUUGUUUAAUGUAUAUACAGGAAAUGUAACUAAAUUUGUCAAGGACAAAUCUGGUACCUUCAAUAUUAAAAUAAGUGAAAUGCUCAUAUACGACACUGAACAAAUUAUUUACCCAAUGAACGAUAAGCUCGUGCAUGUGUACAACACAACACACGAAUGCUUUCUAAGUUAUAUUGAACAUAAUGGAAGUUCCAGCCUGACUUGUCAGUUUACCGAAUCAAAGGCGUCGGAGUGGAAACGUGUUGACUUUAACGAAGAACUGAGAAAUGCAGAUGAUCUAAUUUGUUUAUUCUUUCUACGAAGCAAGUUAGCUCCCUGCGAAUAUUUGACUGGGUAUGAAGAGAAGGAAGUAGUAAAAGUAAGACCUCGCAUAAAUGAGCUUAUAGAUAACCAACUGUUCUACUGGAGAAAUGAAUACAUAGUACAUAUGAAAACUGGAUUGCUUCUGACCGCAUCCAUAGAUCGUUCGUCAGAAGUCACUCUUCAGCAAGAAGGUACCGAGACAGAGACAUAUUACCAACAUUGGUCGGCACUGGGCAGUCAGAUUGUACCACUGCGUCAUUACUACUUAGCGUUAGAAGUGAAUACAGAUAUUGACGGCAAGGUUGUCCUAGCUAAAUCGUAUUGUGAAAACCAGACUGCAUGGUCACAGCAAUGGUUAGAAGAACCAUAUCACACUUUGACUGAUACAUAUGUCUCCGAGCCUCGAGAUGAAUGCAUCGUCGAAGAGAAGACAAAUAACACAGUUUUCUUUAUUCGCAGUAAGGCACAUCCAUGUCUGGUCCUGGCUGGGAGUGACCAGGGAAGCUCGCCGUAUUUUGAAGUUUUUGAUCCCGACGACAUAGACAGAUUUAUAUGGUUUCGUGACAAUCAUCAUAUUAUCAACCUUAAAACAGACCUGGCUUUGAUGAUCGAUUUUGAGGAAGGUAGCAACGAGAACAACGUGAUUAUGUGGCAGUACUAUGCCUUUUCUCUUGCUCAGAAGUGGACUAGGAACAAGGACGACAUAUUCCGAUCUGGCUUGCAAAACAACUGUUUCCUUCAGUCCGAAAAUUUGGAUGGAAUUGUCACGAUUGUGUCAAAAUGUUCUGAGUUAGUCAUGUCGGAUUUAGAAAUGGUGAUGUAUGGUGAAGACGCCGAUGCCAUAAGCAGCUUAACUUGCACGUUCUUUAUAAAAAGUAACGCUAAACAUUGUGAGCUUUUGACGCACAUUGGUGGUAACCGAAUUAGGACACGACCUCUACUCACAGAUCAGAUCCUGCAUCAGUUAUGGUACUGGAAAGGAAAGAAACUGGUCAACUAUGGAAAUAAUGGUGUUAUGAUAAUAACAAACACUUCAAAUACCGUCAAGUUACAUACGUCCUAUGAUUCACGUUACGGAUAUUCGUGGUUAUACACUAAUUCGUUUUUCAAGUCUCAACAAGUAAAGAAUGCCUUUAUUACCAUUUCGGAAACGACUGGUGAAAUAGUGGCAGACUCGAUUCUUCAAACAUCCCCCGAGCUCCAACAAUGGAUCCUGAUAGACAGAGAUGAAGGGGUCAAUAAUCCUUCUCAGCUAAUUUGUACUGAUUCAUUUAAAGAUAAAAAGCUCUAUGUAGUAAGAAGCGAGCAUGAUUCCUGCCCUUUGCUCACGGCGACAGAUAGCAGUUCUAUCGGUGUUGCUAAAAUGUCAAACUCUUUUUCUAGUAAUGGUCUCUGGAUGAAAGACAACAGUCAUAUAAUUCAUACAAAUCAAAGAAAAUGUCUUAGUGUCAAAGAGAGUGUUGUAAGUGGAACUAGCGUCUUUCUUCAACAGAAGUACUUCUAUGAAAAAUUACAGCAUUGGUCUACCGAUGAUGAUGUUAUAAAAUCCAAGUACACAAACCAUUCUCAAUAUCUGACUUUUACGGGAUCGAAAGUAGUAAUGGCAAAUAAUUUGGCUGACAAUCAUGAUAAACAAAAAUGGAAAUGGUACACUGUUGAGCAAAUUGAAAACAAUGACAAACUACUCCGCUGUUCACGCUGCUACAAUAAAGGAGAAGAAACGGCAUCUGAAGUCAUAUCCUAUAUUCCCGUGUUCGGUUGGUUAUAUAACCUCGGUCGUUCUAUAGCUUAUGGAGCAAAGAACUGUCCGGAUAUAGCUAUAUCGUCACUUAUAGAUGGCAUAAUCGAUGUUGCUUUAGAUGUUAUAGUUGCCCUUAGUGCUGGCACAGCGUCUGCAUUAGCGUAUGGUGUGAAAACCGGUCUCAAACUAGGAGUGAAAGCAGGUUUUAAUGCAGUCAAAACGGCGCUUAAGUCUAUGAUAAAGGUGACAUUUAAAUCUAUGAAAUCAAAUAUCUUAAAAUUUGUAAGACGUGGCCUGAAGAAAAAUAUAAGCGGUCAGCUGACAAGAAUACAUAUGAAGUCCAAAGUUGUAUCUUCAGCGAUAAAAAAUCGCUUCUUGAGGCUAAAAUCUCUCAAAAGCACUAAACUGUUUCGACUUAAGUCUUGGAUAAAGAAAACGCUUAAAUUUAAAACAAUUGCACAUAUCAAGGACAUAUCAACAUAUAAAAAAAAAUUCAAAGCUACAAUCUAUAAGAUCAAAUCGUCUUUGAAAAGAAUUCCACAUAUUCUUCAAAGAAAAGGUGAAUAUUUACAAAAUAAGGCUAGUGAAAAACUAAAGGUGUUUGGAAAUUCUUUGGCAAAUAGGGCCGAAAAGGCUGUAAAAAAAGUAGAUGAUUUAUCAUCAACAAUAGAUAACAUACAUCGGAGAUGUAAAAGAGCACUCGGAAACUGUGUAAAGCCGAUUUUGAAUGACAUAACGGACUAUAAAGACGAAAUACCGCGUAUUUCAGGAAAUCCAAUAAAAAACGACCUUGAGGAGCUUGCUAAAAAACAUGUAUUGCCAGAUAAAGGACAAGUAGCAGUUGUUGGACUCAAACAAGGAAAUAAAUUUAUUGAAACAGCAGAAGAGACUAUAGACAAACUAAGAAGUGCAGGCACAAAACCAAAAUAUAAAUUUCCUUUACCUGCAACGAACCCAAAAACAUAUAAAGGGAAAGACGUAAUGCACACUGAGCAAAGUUUGAUUGAUAGAAUUGAAAACACUGUAAAACAGAAGUGUAAAAAACAAGACCCUUGUGAAGUAAUUUUAUACACGAAGCUAGCUCCUUGUAAUGAGCGAGAACCACCGAACGCAGUACCCUGUUUAACAUAUCUUACUGAACAAUGUAAAACAUGGUUCCAAAGUUCUUCAACAAAAUGCAAAAUAAUUUUCACUGAAACUUAUUUGGAUGACAUUUUUACAGCUAAAAUGGAUGAAUCUUUGGCUAGUGUAUUUGGAAGAAAGAAACCAAUACAUAAUGAAUUUCCGGACGCAAUACGUGAGGUAAAGAAAUUUGCAGAGCAAAAUUUACUUAAUCUACAAAACCGUGUUUCCAGAGUCAGCUGGAACCUGAAAUUUAGUGAAAGACAAAAACGUAUUUUCGGACACGCAAUGUCAGAGGCUGUUAAAAUCGCAGAGGACGACAUAAGUCUGUUCUGGCUUAACCUGUUUGGCAGGUUAGACGAUAUUUUUCGGGACUACCCAGUCAAGGCUGGCGUAAAACGUAUACGAGAGCAAAUAGACAAAGAAGUACAAGAGUUGAUCCGAGUGUCACUUAAUGUGGAAGCAAAAAACAGAAUUACAGCAAAAGCAAUAUUUGACAUAAAAUAUUCUAGCGGCGCCGGUGAUAGCAUUACAUUUUAUCGUACGUAAUACUUUGAAAAUGACUUUCACGCUGUUUCCUUAAAUUACACAUAUAUCUCUGUCUCAUAUUUACUUUUCUUUCGUAAAACUCUUAUAGACAAUUUUAGCACAAUCAUUAAAAUCGUACAUUUUUAUGUUGAAGUUAAUAAACGCACUUUAAUUUGUAUAACAAUUUGCACAAAAAAAAAAAUUUACAAAUAAAAGAUCAGCAAUCUUUUGUCAGUACUAGCUUGGGGUUCAGUGAAAUAGAAAAGGCAGUUUUCGAAUUGUUUUUGAAUAAAACUAUAGAAAGUGCUCGGGCGUUUGGCAUAAGUUCUUUCUGGCGUUACUUAGAUUUCGAACAAGAGAUUACUCGCGCAUUUAGGAGCACAAGGAUAGAUGAAGUGAAAAAAAAAACAAGUGAAGAAGUUGUUCAGAAUAUCACUGAAUGUAGAAGCUAAAAGAAGAAUGACAAUUAAGCAAUAUUCGACACGACACGUGAUACGGGUUACUCCAUUAUCUUUCACUGGGCGCGAAAUGUAUGAAAACAAUGUGCUACUGGGUUGCAAACGUUAUGAAUAUUUCAAAACUUGUUCGUUUAAAUGAAAAAGGCAAAUAUAACAUCUUGGCGAAAAAGGAGUUCAUUCUGGGAGUCUUUCCACCUAGUUUUAUAAAGAGAUAUAAUACAUAUAAUAAUACAUGUAUGUGUAUAUUUCAUUAAAAGAAUCCCAGAGUGCAUAUAUUCCAUGAGAAAACCUGUAUUAGUGACAUAAUAUAAUUAUUGCAUAAUUAGUAGUUUAAAAUACUGGAAAAUCGCUGUUUUUCUUAUGUUGCUCCAGAAGCUAGAAACUAAUAUAUUGUAAUACUGUCAUCUAAGACUAAUCAAAUUCUACCAUAUUUUUCAUAUAAAUGUUGUUUCUGUUGUCACGGCAACGGAAAUUCCAAAGCACCCAUGUGUCAUGAAAAUAUAAAGGUGUAUAGAUAAAAGACCCGUGAUGAAACAAAAAAUAUACGGUUAAGUUAUUUUACAGUAAAAUCGCCUAAAACUGUUCCUAAAUAUUGAAAUGUAUUAUGUUAAGUAAGUGUUACACAUAAUUUGUUUCAUUAAUGACUUGAAAAAUACACGCCAUAUACAACGACGUCAUACUGCUUUCAUGACGUUCUUAACGUCACGUCUCAAAAUGUCCUCGGCGACUAACUUAAAAACAUUGUAGCUCUUAAGAUAGUGAAGAUAACCAUUUCAAAUUUUCAGAUUUGAAAGAUAAAAGAAUGUUCUUCAUGAAUAUUUUGUUAUCUCAAUUUUGAAAUUUUUGUCACUAAUACAGGUUUUCUUUGUCAUCUAUAAAAAAAUUUAGAUCCCCUAUAAUAGUUGCAAAGAUAUUAAGAUAUUAUCAGACACGCCUGGACAAACAUUAAUUAGUUUGAAAGAAGAUUAAGGUACCUAUGAUAAUGCACUUUCUUUCAAUGUAGUUCAUCACGCCAGGUUUCUUAAAGUUCUCUUGUUACUGUCCGAGGAAACAGUUGAAAAAUAAGAGCAAAAAGGAUGGUUAUUUAAAUUAACCUGGACAUGUAGAUUCAACUAUACAUUUUUUCAGUAUUUGUAUGAUCCGUGAGUUUGUUGAUAAAUGUAAUUUAUUUAUAGGUCAGUUGGGUCAUAUUGGUUUCAUUUUGUAUUCUUAUGUAUAUGUAUAUGGCGAUACUGUGCACUUGUCAAAAUAAUAAACUACUAUUCUAUCUUA